AAAUAUUGGUGAUAAAAAAAUAUCAACAAUUGAAACCGAUGGGGGUGGCUAUAUAACCACGGGGAAAUCAAAUAAAUACCCGACCUUUUAUCAAAUUAAUAAUAUAUAUAUUUCCACAAAGAGUCUUUCCUCUCUAUUUCUCGCCUCCUUCCUCCAUCUCUCAGCUGAAAUCCCCCAGAAAAAGGAAGGAAGAAAGGGGACACUUGGAGAAAAGGUUAGGAUCUAAGCUUAUGAUCCUAAAGCGUGAAGCCAAGAUAGAACAACAACGAGUAAACUCAAAACUUGUGUUGUGUCUUGAUGGGGAACUGUUGUCCUGGCGGAUCUUCUAGUGUUCGACAUGAACAGAGCCCUGUCUCCACCAAGCCCCUCUCAGUGGUAAAAAAUAUUCAAGAUCCAGUUAAAAUAAAACUUCCGCCGCCGUUGGUGGCGAUUCCCCCAGCUAGGGGUUUGAAACCAAAGUUUCCGGCGGCGGUACCAGGAAGGCCAACGAGACCCGUCUAUAACCCGCCGCGUGAAAAGCAUCAGGAGAAGACAAGAUCCGUAGAUAGUCCACCAUUAAAGCCGGUGGAGAAACUAGGUAUAGGUAAAAAGGCAGUGCCGCCGAGCGGGAAGAUAGUGACGCCGAGUCUAAAGAUGUUUUCAUUAGCGGAUCUUAAGACGGCGACAAAGAAUUUCCGACCGGAGUCGAUGAUCGGAGAAGGUGGAUUUGGACAGGUGUUCAAAGGAUGGCUGGAAGAGAAGACGUUAGCUCCGUCGAGGGCCGGUGUCGGAAUACCAGUAGCCGUUAAGAAAUCAAACCCUGAUAGUGCUCAAGGCUUGCAUGAAUGGCAGUGUGAAGUGAAAUUCUUAGGGAAGUUUCAUCAUCCAAAUCUGGUCAAGCUCUUGGGUUACUGCUGGGAAGAGAAUCAGUUCCUAUUGGUUUACGAGUAUUUGCCUAAAGGAAGCCUUGAGAAUCACCUCUUCUCAAAAGGAGAGGCGUUGACAUGGGAUACACGUUUGAAAAUAGCCAUUGAAGCAGCUCAAGGACUUACCUUUUUGCAUAACUCUGAAAAGAGUGUUAUUUACAGAGACUUCAAAGCUUCUAACAUCCUUCUUGAUUCCAACUUCCACGCCAAGCUUUCUGACUUCGGUCUAGCCAAGAAUGGUCCAAUUAAUGGAUUUUCUCACGUGACCACACGUGUAAUGGGUACACAAGGUUACGCAGCUCCUGAAUACAUGGCUACAGGUCAUUUAUACGUGCGGAGUGAUGUUUACGGGUUUGGAGUGGUCCUCCUAGAGCUAUUAACCGGUCUAAGAACACUAGACCCAACCCGACCAUCUGCUCAACAGAACCUUGUGGAAUGGGCUAAGCCAGCUCUGACUCAGAAAAAGAAGAUCCAGAAAAUGAUGGACCCACGGCUCGAGCACAAAUAUCCAAUUAUGGCAGUGACCAGAACCGCUGCGCUAAUUCUACGGUGUCUCGAGGCUGACCCCAAGAACCGACCGCCCAUGGACGAUGUACUUAGAGAAUUAGAAAUCGUGAGGACUAUCAGAGACGAAGAGAGGCGUAAACGUAGCAGUGGUGGUUCAGAUAAUAACCGUGUUAAUGGAUAUGGUUCACCGCACGUCCGUAGAACCGGUCGAACCAGAUAGUCAAAGAAAGUGGCUUUGGAUAGGAGUCAUAGACACAUAUGCAUACGUAAAACAUUUGUUUUUUAUAAAAUAAAACGUAUUCUUUUUUCUGUACGUAGAGUUUUGUUUUACAUUUUUAAAAAUUAACUAAAUAUAAUAUGGC